CAUGCCGAAAUCACUGAGAGGCGCAAAGAGUGUGGGAGAGAGCGAUUUCUUCAUUCUCUCUCAGGGUUAGGGUUUCUGUCUGCUUCUUUUAGGGUUUGUGAGGAUGAGCGACAGGUUGACAGGGAAGGUCAAGUGGUUCAAUGAAACCAAGGGUUUCGGGUUCAUAACCCCCGACGAUGGUGGCGACGAUCUGUUUGUUCACCAGUCCUCGAUCCGAUCUGAGGGCUUCCGCAGCCUAGGUGACGGUGAGGAGGUGGAGUUCCAGAUCGAGAAUGGAAACGACGGCCGCACCAAAGCCGUUGAUGUCACUGGACCGAACGGUGAACCUGUUCAGGGAAGCACCCGCGGAGCUGGCGGUGGAGGUGGUGGUGGGGGUGGUAGAGGUCCUCGUGGAGGCGGAGGUAGCUACGGGGGUGGUAGCUACGGUGGGGGUGGUGGUUAUGGUGGAGGAGGAUAUGGUGGUGGUGGGAGAUCUGAUCGUGGAGGCGGUGGAGGCUAUGGUGGCGGCGGCGGUGGCGGUGGAGGCUGUUAUUCUUGUGGUGAGUCGGGCCAUAUGGCUAGGGAUUGUCCUCAGGGUGGUGGUGGCGGCGGAGGCCGUUAUGGAGGUGGAGGCAGUGGUGGAGGCCGUUAUUCAAGUGGCGGCGGCGGUGGGGGUGGCGGUGGUGGCUGCUUCAACUGUGGGGGUACUGGUCACUAUGCUAGGGAGUGCCCAAACGCUGCUCGUUGAGUGAAGGAGGUUGGUUGGUUGAGUGUGUGUCUACUACACAUUUGACCGACUUCUUUCUUUUAGUCUUUGGGUUUUGCUUUAGUUUUCUUGCUUGGUACUUUAUUUUUGAUCUGGUUUCUUAGGCUUUUUAAUUUGGUAUCGUAUGAACUUCCUAUGGUUUAUGGCAUGGCUUUUGUUUCAGUAAGAGAUGAGUUGGUGAUGGGAAAAAUGGUUUUUGUGAGCUCUCUCUGUAAUCAAGUGUUUAUACACAGAAAUAUAUACAUGCUGGUUUGGUCUAAU